CCUCCUGUCCUGUUGGUGUUAUACACAUAUACCAUUUAUAUAUAUAAAGAGAGGGAAAAUGCUGGGAACGGAGACAGUCUUUAGUUCCAUCUCAGGUUGAAGGGUCAAAGAAAUCAGUCUUGGAAGAAACCUCAAAGGGACAACUAUCUGGCCUCUUACUCCAGGAAGGACCCCAGUGGCAGAGAAGCUGGUGUAAAGGAUGACACAGCUUUUCUAUCUGACCCUGCUGCUGGUGGCUUUUCAACACUGGAGCUCAGUAGCUGACAAUUUCACAGAGAGAGACAACUGUUCCCAGUGCCACAUCCAUGCAUCUUGUGUGGAGACCAACCAGUCUGUGACCUGCAUCUGCCUAGAUGGCUUCACUGGGGAUGGCCUCAUCUGCUCAGAUGUGGAUGAAUGUGCCUUCCAAGGGGGCCACAACUGCAAAAACAGCAACUGUGUGAACACGGUAGGCUCCUAUCACUGCAGCUGCCCCAGUGGCUUCCGGCUGACUCCCGAGAAUGGCUGUGAGGACAUAGAUGAGUGCAGGGACCCCGACCUGGGCUGCCACCCCCUGGCCAGCUGCACUAACUCUCCUGGCAACUACUCUUGUGAAUGCCUUCCUGGCUACGCCGGGGAUGGACAUGAGUGUCAGUGCUUCCCCGGCUCCUGCGGACCUGGACUGGACUGCAUUGCCGACUCUGACGGGACCCAGAUCUGUAUGGACCCGUGCCAGAAAUAUACCCUCCUGGACGAGUACUGGAGGAGCACAAGCUACAGGGCAGGCUUUUACUGCGAUGCAGUCCCCCGAGGUUGGUAUCGCUUUGUAGGCAGGGGAGGCGUACGUAUACCAGAGACGUGUGUCCCAAUUCAUAGGUGCAACACCGCCGCUCCGAUGUGGCUCAAUGGAAGUCACCCAUCCAGCGACGAGGGCAUCGUGGAUGGGACGGCUUGUGCCCACUGGAGCGGGGACUGCUGCCUCUGGCAGUCUAUGGUGCAGGUGAAGGCUUGCGUCGGGGGAUACUACGUCUACAACCUGACCACUCCACCAGAAUGCAACUUGGCGUACUGUACAGACCCCAGCUCUGUGGAGGGGACCUGUAAUGCCUGUGGCUUAGAUGAGGAUUGCAAGGCAGUCAAUGGAAACUGGACCUGCCAAUGCAAACAGAGCUCAGAAAUUACUGAUAUUGCCAACCUGAAACCUGAUCUAUAUUGUGAGGCCACUUACAUCAAGGUGUCUUUGAAUAAGUGCCUGCUGAAAAACCUGGGGUUUGAGGAGAUAUACACAUAUUUGAAAGAUAGUUCAUGUUCUGGUUUUGAAGAGAAGGACAACCAGAGUUGGGUGUCUGUGGUAACUCCAGCUCGGGAUGGGCCAUGUGGAACCAGGCUAAUGAAAAACCAAACCCAUGCCAUCUAUAGUAACACCCUCUACUUGUCUGACAAAAUCAUCAUCCGGGAUACCAAAAUCAACGUCAAUUUCCAGUGUGCCUACCCUCUGGACAUGGAAGUCAGCCUCCAAACGGCAACCCAACCCAUUAUCAGUUCCCUCAAUAUCAGUGUCGGUGGCACAGGGAUAUUUACAGUGAGGAUGGCUCUGUUCAGUAGCCCAACCUACACACUUCCCUAUGAAGGCUCUUCUGUAGCCCUCUCCACUGAAGCCAUACUUUACGUGGGCACCAUAUUAGAAAGAGGAGAUUCGACUCAGUUUGUCCUGUUGAUGAAGAAUUGCUAUGCCACCCCCAGCAGCAACGCCACCGACCCUUUGAAAUACUUCAUCAUAAGAGACAGCUGUCCACACAUUCAGGACCCAACUAUUCAGGUGGAGGAGAAUGGGAUGUCCUCCCAAGGUCGAUUUUCAGUCCAGAUGUUCAGGUUUGCUGGGAACCAUGACCUAGUCUACCUGCACUGUGAAGUUUCUCUCUGUGACAGCAGGAAUGAGAAGUGCAAGCCAACCUGCUCAGGAACCAGACAUCGUAGUGGAGAUGCCAUCAACCCAGAUCAGGUUCUGAACUUGGGACCCAUCACUCGAAGAGAUGCUCAGACUGGAGUACUGAGUGGCAUCUCUAGCCAUGCAGGGUUCCUGACACCAUGGCUGGGUUUAUCCAUGCCCAUAAUCAUGCUUCUGGCCUCAGAGUGAUCCAGCUGAGAGAAACACUGGGUUUGCAAAGAGCUGCUGCCUGUAGUCAAAGAGAAAAGAAGUUUCAGAGCCUGUACUUCAUUCACUGCAGAGAGGGGAAGAGAUCCAGCAUUGGAGAUCCUGGCAAAAUGGGGCUCUUUUCCUCAAUUAUUCUAUUUUUUUCUUUUCAUUUUUAAUAAUGGGACUUAAAAAGAGUCUAUAACUUUAAAUGGAUGCCUCACAUGGAUAUCUUUAACUCUUGUUUUCUCUCACCACAGAAUUUCUAAAGUCUGUUUCAAUUAUGUUUGGAGAUUUCUAGCCUCUCAGAUAUUGUAGAAAGAGCUCUGGAUUAAGAAAAUCUAAAUUUUAGUCCUGUGUUAGCACUCACCUAAGCUCUGGGUCUCUGUCUCUUCAUCUGUGAGAUGGAAAUAGUAACAAUAAUGUGAUGAUGAUGAGAAAUAAUAAAUAAUCCCUUACGUGUGUAUUA